AUGUUCAUCAGGUUCGCUGCUCGCACUCAGGCUAGUAUACCCUCCCGCGAAAAUGACGCUAGUCUCAAGCGAUCCCGCCUGGUGGCCGAUGAUCAAUUCGUUUCGUUUAUCCAGUUAUUUUACGUCGGUUUCGCAGUUGCCUCAUCUACCGCACUGAUAUACGAUUGGGUGCUGACGUUCGGAGACGAGGUUGAACUGAUCUGGGUGAGUGGACACCCGUAUCAGAAGAUAACGCAAUGGUACAAUUUUGUCGGUAUAGAGGCAACGCUGGUCCUUGAUGACUCUUCUGUAUCUAAUUAUACGCUACGUUGGAAUACCAUAUUAUAUCAUCAAUAUUAUGAUGGGAUCUUCGGUGACAGAUGCAGCGCUAUUCUGUAUUCCACAUUAAAUUGGAUCAAUGUGAUUGUAGCCGCAAUGCUAGGUGUCAUCACGCUUACUCGGUUACACGCCAUGUAUCAGAGGUCCAGAAAGAUCCUUAUCUUUCUCACUAUAAUCCUCUUGGUUGUCAACAUUACCUGCGGAGUGAUUGCGGCAAUGGUUCUCAGCUACACGUCAGGGGAGGAGCUCAUUCUCUCCGGCACACAUGCAUGUGCUUAUAUCUAUACAGCAGACGACCUACUCCUGAUCUCCGUAACUUGGAUACUCACCGCCAUAUGGGAGGUUCUUGCACUCUGCCUUUCAGUUUGGGUUGCUGUGAAACACUUCCGUGAGCUGCGACGACUCGGCCCAUCGACAAGAUCGACCAUCAGGGACUGUUUCAGAGUGUUACUAGAAUCACAUUUGGUUUACUUUGCAAGCUUCACCGUUGUUUGUUGCUCCGCCUUCGGUACUCAGCUCUCUCCAAAGGUCUCGGACCUAGAUUCUGCGGGAGUCCAGAUUUCUAACGCUGUUUUUGAGAUUUUCUCGUACAUACAGAUGUUUGUGCUGGGACCACGCCUCAUCCUUAGCUUGCGAAUGUAUCAUGCCGACCUCGUGGCCAACUCCGAUGCAGCAGCUAGCAUAACCUCAAUUGCUUUUCAGGAUACUAUACAUGUGCCAACUUUCAGUAGUGUGUAG